AUGUCAGAGGCCUCCACACCCCUGGGAGAAUCAAGCACACUGCAACCGGGCUCGGCACAGCAGCUGAACCGCUCCUGUGAGUCAUGCAGAAGUCUCAAGGUACGCUGUUUGCCUAGCCCGUCCACGCCUAAUCAGUGCCAGCGAUGUGCGAAGGGGAAGAGGACUUGCGUCUUCGUGCCCCCGCAGAGACGCCGGCCCCGUAAGCGGACGGACUCACGUGUGGCACAGUUGGAGAAGGAGAUGCGGAUGAUGCGUUCGCUGUUGAAGGGUCGGAUUCGGGAGGAAAGUGAGCCCGAGUCGGAGGGUAGUGAGGUUGAUGAUCGGGAUUUGGAGGGCGAUGGGGAGCUGAAAAUUAUGCGGGAUCAUUCUGCACAUUCUUCGGAUCGAUACAUGGAUUAUUCGCCUGAGUUGAUGAAUACCCAUCCUGGUGGGCAUGAUGGUGUGCCCUUUUCGGGUCCUCCGUCUUUCGCUGGGUUGCCACCUGGUUUUGAGAUGGAGGAGACUCCGCCUGUUGAGGAUGUGAUCGACCGGGGUAUUCUCUCUCUAGAAGACGCAGAGCAGUUGGUGGCAUAUUUCAUCCACGAGCUCGCAUAUCUCUUCCCGUUGGUCGUCUUGCCCCUGAAUACAACGGCAGCGCAACUGCGACAGACAAAGCCAGUCCUCUUUCUCUCCGUCAUCGCGGCCACAUCAAUAUCCGUCGACGCUGGAUUGGCAGCGGUGUUAAAUCGCGAGAUGGUCCGGCUCUAUUCCGAAAGGUUCUUCAUCGAAGGCGAGAAAUCACUAGAAUUAGUGCAAGCCCUUCUCCUCAUGAUUGUCUUUUACUUCCCACCAGCGUCGCCCCUGAAACUGCAAUUCUAUCAGUACACGCACAUCGCCUCGACGAUGGCGCUUGAAAUCGGUCUCGCCAACAAGCGUCGAGUCUCGAAGAAGUCCGACCGGAAGAACAGACCUGAGCCGCACGAUGAGUUGCUGGCUGAACAAGCAAGAGCGGUUCUGGGCUGCUACCACCUUGGCUCAACGGUGGCGAUGAAAACACGUCGACAGAAUCUCCUCCAGUUUAACGACUGGGUGACCGAAUGUGUCAAACAUCUCGAACACUCCCCCACCGAACAGAUCAGCAUUUGGCUGUGUGGUUCGAGCUUCAGCGUAUAA